UCGCUAAGUUUACUCCAUCACCAUUCACCACAGCAGCGCAGCUUAGCCAGCGUACGCCCUCGCUCGCUCACUCGCUCUUCGUUCACCUCAGUUUGCAGCCAAGAUGAAGUCGAGCAGCGGCGGCCAUGUCGUGGGAGUCCCGGUGACCUCCAAGGCCUAUGGCAUAGAGGAGAAGGUGCCAGCCAAGGAUCACCUUGCUGUCUCCUUGACGCACCCCAGCCCCUACACUUCUUUCGGCUACAAGCACAGCAGCAAGGGUCAAGUCGUCCACUGGGUGAGCAACCUGAGCAGGAGGGCACAAGGCUUCCGUGAGCAUGUGACUCUGGGCCCCAAGAUUUCCGAGACCGUCAAGGGGAAGCUGAGCCUGGGGGCCAAGAUCCUGCGCGCCGGCGGGGUCGACCGCGUCUUCCGGAAGGCCUUCCCGGCCGACAAGGGCGAGCGGCUGGUCAAGGCGCUGCAGUGCUACCUCUACACCACCGGCGGGCCCAUCGCCGGGAUGCUCUUCGUCUCCACCAGGAAGGUCGCCUUCCGCAGCGACCGCCCCGUCGCCGUCACCUCCCCGACCGGCGACGUCGCGCGGGUCUCCUACAAGGUGGUCGUCCCGCUCAAGAGGAUCGGCAAGGUGCGGCCGAGCGAGAACCUCGAGAGGCCCGACGAGAAGUACAUCCACGUCUCCACCGUGGACGGCUUCGAGUUCUGGUUCAUGGGCUUCGUCAGCUACCAGAGGUCCUUCAAGUGCAUGCAGCAGCUCAUUUGCUCCGACCUGCAAUGACUAGGGCGGCGUGGCCUGGAUACGAGGCCCGUCGUUUGUUCCGUCGGCACGAUGAGAAGAGGAGCCGUGGGCUGCUGCUACGCCAUGUUUUGCUGUGGAGUAGCAAUUGCCACGGCUAGGAUUGCUCCGUCUUAUUUCGGAUCGGAGCAGCUUAGUAGAUCCUUCCGCGUACGAUUUGGAUUGCCUUUUGUUUUCUUCUUUGUACUUGGAUGGACCAAGAUAUUGACCGUGCUGCAUGUGAAUGAAUGGAAAUGCACUUCUUCCAAAUUGUUA